AUGCCGCCCAACCCUAAACCUCCAGCUCCUUUUACUAACGCUGUGGGUAAGAUGGCCGGCGACCCUGCCUAUAACUGUACUGCCAAUGAUCCCUUUAAUGGCUGUGAUGACUCUUGGUCUACUAUCAUGACGGGCUCUGAGAAUAUCUUUAUCGCUGCCGCUGACUGCCAGAAGGCGCUGGUUCUUCUCAAGGACAAUGGAUCCAACGUGCGCUUUACGAAUCUAGUGACGAUUGGCGCCAAGUAUAUGGUGGUUAUGGAUGGUAAGGGCAUCGCUGCGGCCGACAACCUUAACGUCAAAGUACACCCAAGCUGGUCUCAGAUCAGCGUGUUGGACGUGGGCAAGGAUGGCCACACCAACUUUGAUGAAUACGUUUGGGUUGAUCCCAAGAUCUGGGACAUGGACCAGCGGCAGUUUACUUGCAUCCCGCCCUGUCGGGCCAAGAUUCCUCCAUGGACAGGCGCUACCAGCACUGUCAACUAUCCUUUGGUGACACUGAGCGAUGGGGCCUGGACAACGACGAUUACACAGCCUCCCAUCACCAUCACCGAGUGGGUGUUUGAGCCCGUCACCAUUGCCGCAAGCCAGAACAAGAAACGCGCUGUGGGUGACACGGUUUCGUUGCAGCCCACGUUGGCUACGACUCCCUUGUGGCCUGCAUUUCUCUACCGAGGAGCCAAUGGUGCCACAUCAACCGGCAGGGCUUCAGGGCCAUUCCCGACGCCUCCACCGCACAUCUGGGGUGGCGAUGCAUCUGCGCCGCCAGGCGGCAGUUGGCCAAAGGAUCGCCAUAUCAACGCUGUUUUGGGUACGAGAGACUUUCCCGUGGUGACCGAGUGCUUCUUUAGAGACUUCGAUGGAAAGUGUCUGGACAGGUGGCUUGGAAUUGGGGGAUCUGGAGACGGCAGUCCUCCCGAUGAGGAAAACAUGUUUGAUAUGACAGCUAGCCCACUACCCAAAACCAGCAGCACAACAACAAAGCCCGAAGCAACCACAUCCUACUACGAGCAGGGCCACGCUUCUACCAACAAAGGUCACUGCUACGACGAAGGUGAGCAGACGGAACGACCACUGACGACGCGGCCCAAGAUGUAUCCUUCGUUUGAAGAGAUGCGCAGUGAGAGGCAAGCAGUUGGCAUGUCUGAGGAGUUUAAGCGUCUCUGCUGGCCACUGAGCGGCACGUUCCCCUCUGCGCAAGCCGUUAUGCAGACGAUGCGCGGUGCCAAGGAAGCCAUGGAGCCACUGUAA